UGGGCGGCGCAGACCCGGCUUGAGACGUGCGGUCUGGACGCUUCGGCCAUGCCUGGCGGCACCUUAGCGGCUCUCCCGCGCCCGACACAACCCCGGUAGACGACUCUCCGGGCCGGGCUGACCGGGCCAUGCAGCUAGAGACGCAGGACGCGCUGUACGUGGCGCUGGAGCUGGUUAUCGCCGCGCUGGCAUUGGCGGGCAACUUACUGGUGUGCGCCGCGGUGGGAGCCUCCAGUGCAUUGCAGACCCCCACCAAUUACUUUCUGGUGUCGCUGGCGGCGGCCGACGUGGCCGUGGGACUCUUCGCUAUCCCCUUCGCCAUCAUCAUCAGUCUGGGCAUCUGCACGGACCUCUACGGCUGCCUCUUCCUCGCCUGCUUCGUGCUGGUGCUCACACAGAGCUCCAUCUUCAGCCUCUUGGCGGUGGCUGUCGACAGGUAUCUGGCCAUUCGCGUCCCGCUCAGGUAUAAAAGUUUGGUCACUGGGGCCCGAGCAAGAGGGACCAUUGCUGUCCUCUGGGUCCUUGCCCUUGCCAUCGGAUUGACUCCCUUCCUGGACUGGAACAGUCGGAAGACAAUUCCCUGCAACUGCACAGAACCUGGGGAUGGAAUCAGGAAUAGAAGCUGCCGUGUGAAGUGUCUCUUUGAGAAUGUCGUCCCCAUGAGCUACAUGGUGUAUUUCAAUUUCUUCGGCUGUGUCCUUCCUCCACUGCUCACCAUGCUGGUGAUCUACAUCAAGAUCUUCAUGGUGGCCUGCAAGCAGCUCCAGCGCAUGGAACUGAUGGACCACUCGAGGACCACGCUCCAGCGAGAGAUCCAUGCGGCCAAGUCACUGGCGAUGAUUGUGGGCAUUUUUGCUCUGUGUUGGCUCCCGGUACAUGCCAUCAACUGUGUUACUCUUUUCCAUCCAACUCUAGCCAACAACAAGCCCAAGUGGCUAAUAAAUGUUGCCAUCCUCCUGUCACAUGCCAAUUCAGUUGUCAAUCCCAUUGUAUAUGCCUACAGGAACAGAGACUUCCGCUAUACUUUCCACAGAAUCAUCUCCAGGUAUGUUCUCUGCCAGACCAAUACCAAGGGUGGGAGUGGGCAGGCCGGGGCACAGUCUACACUCAGUCUGAGCUUAUGACCUAGGCUCUGGCCUUUUGGAGAAGAAGGCUUAAAAUAAACAAUGGGACUAGACACUGUGAAAGAUGCUACGCCUCUCAAGCACAUGACCUGUCUCUUCUGAGUACCUGCCUGGAGUUACACAAAUCUGGCUAAUAAGCACACGCAAUUAGGAGGCUCCGAGGUUAAGAGACACGCUCAUGAAUCUAUCCAGCUGCUCUUACUGUGUGGAUGAUAGCAGUGGCUUGAACUGAUUCCUGAAGACUGUUUCAUUUUAAGAAUCUGCCUCAUUCAAGGUAGAAAAUGACUGAAACUUACCUUACUGUGAAAUACUGUGAACUAUUAUAAUGUAAGUAUUUUUCACUUUCAGCAAUGGAAAAAUAAAAGUUGGCUAUAUUAAUGUAUACUUGGUCCUAGGACAGCAACCCAGAGACCUAAAGUAUAAUUCUUCAAUCAAGAUGCUGUAGUAUUAAUUUAGGGAAUGCUAUUCUAAGUUUUGAAGUAGAAUUACAAUUAAACAAAGUUCAAUAUUUUCCAUGUACUCAAAACCCUAGAGGUAGAAACUGGAGAAGUGGGCUCCCCCCUCUCCUGGAAUCUGACUUGUAGACCUAGGUACUGGGUUUUGCUUCUCUCCCGUGUUAAAGUUUAUUGGGACCCACAGUGUGAAAUUUUACUAAAAAGCAAAACUAUCUAAUUGUGUAUUAUAUUCAGUGAUAAAUAAAACUCUGCAAGAAGCUAGCUA